AUGAAUUGCUGCGAAGAAGAAACACCAACAUUCCUAAAAUUCCAUGUCCGUAGACAACUUCCAGAGAUGCGCAUCAAACUAUUCGGACACACAGAACUACAAGUCCACUCGAGCAUUCUGAAGGAACAUUCAGACUUUUUCUUCAAAUUCCUUGAUUCGCCCGAAAAGCUUGAGUCGAAAGAUUCGGAAUGGAAGUAUAACUGGGUUAGUGAGGUAGAAGAUGAUGGAGAAUGGCACCUUGUUGCUAAACAGAAUAUGCAACCAAGUCUCGCCGACAACGACCUCGGUGACGAAAAUGCAGAAUACCCAGACCCGAGCAUUCUGUUUCAUCCUCAAUGCGAUGUACAGAAUUACUAUCUCUGUCUCCCCAUCAUCUCGUACCACAUCUCCGCCUGCAUGUGGACCAACAGCGAUCUCCUCGCUCGCAAAAUCAGCGAAGAACCCGAGCACUUCAUCGAGCUCGCCUACACCCUCCGCAACAAAACUCUCUUUCGCGAAUGCGCGAUUCACAUCGCGGGCCACAUGAAAUUCCAACAACCGGGGCCUCACGGUCUAAUUCUCUACAAUGGAACAUUUCCCGGUGUUACGAAUCCGAAGAUCCUCGAAGUGUUAAAAAUCAUGCGUGAGCGUGUCACGGGCCAGCUUCUUGAAACACAGAUGAACGUUUUGAUUUCUUGUGCGGGGGAUUCGGAUUAUCUCAAGAUUUUGAGUACGCCGAUUCCGGAUAAUAUCACAAUUCCAGCUUAUUAUCGAGGGUUGCCUCGAGAUCAUCGAUUGCAGGGUUUGGUUGAACGUUUGAUGGAAAAUCAUUUGGUGUUUAAUGUUAACUCCUUUUUUGAGGCGGGGAAAUUGGACUCCGUGGGAGCGGAUCAUUUUUAUUGUGGGACUUUGGAUGAUGAGGAGUUGCCUUGGGACGUAAAUGAAACCGACGACCUUUCUGAGGUUCCCUUGCCUAGCCCGUCGAAAAAAGCGAAGAUUAGAAUAAGAAUGCGAAUUGACUGGUAG